CAUCACCUCAUUUCAUUUUAUAAAGAACUCUUAAACCGUCGCCUGAAACUUUACGAAUUAUAGCUUUCCAAAUCUAUAGCUUCACUGGAAGAAUAAACCGAAACUUGAGUCCUGCCAAACUAAAUACAAUCUCAACCUGAACACGUCGGAGUUCUGAAAACUGUCAUUUGUAUCUCACUGAGCCGAACAAGAUGGAUGUCGUUCAAGCCGUCUCCGGCUACAUCUCUAAGAUGGUGUCGGCCGGAGACAGCGCAGCUGGAACUCCGUCGGCAAAGAUGAAGAUACUCCUUUUAGACAAGGACACAGUACCAAUUGUCUCAACCGCAAUCACACAGUCGUCUUUACUCAAUCAUGAAGUCUAUCUCACAGAUCGGUUGGAUAAUCCGAACCGAGAAAAGAUGCGCCAUCUCAGAUGUCUAUGUUUUGUCCGACCAUCUCCAGAAUCUAUCCAGUUCUUGAUAGACGAACUGCGGGAUCCUAAGUAUGGAGAAUAUUAUCUGUACUUCAGCAACGUCGUAAAGAAAUCGUCGUUGGAAAGACUAGCAGAAGCUGACGACCACGAAGUUGUCAAACAAGUUCAAGAACACUUCGCUGAUUAUCUCGUCAUCAACCCCGACCUCUUUUCACUUAAUCUCACAUUACCGCAGCAGAGAAUAUGGAGCGGCAAUCCGGAUAUGUGGAAUCCAGACUCGUUGCAACGGACGACGGAUGGAUUAAUAGCUAUUUUGCUGUCGCUUAAAAAGAAGCCUCUCAUCCGGUAUGAGAGGAACAGCCUGCUUGCCAAAAAGCUAGCUACUGAAGUACGAUACCAUAUGACACAGGAGGAACAGCUAUUCGACUUUCGAAAGGUUGAUACGCCUCCGAUGCUUCUGAUUCUAGACAGGAGAGAAGAUCCUGCCACACCGCUACUCAACCAAUGGACAUAUCAAGCAAUGGUGCAUCAAUUACUGGGAAUUCACAACGGCCGUGUCAAUUUAGACGACGUCCCAGACGUCCGGCCAGAACUCAAAGAAAUCGUCUUAUCGCAAGACCAGGAUCCGUUUUUCAAGAAGAAUAUGUACUUGAAUUUUGGCGAUCUUGGUGGAAAUAUCAAGGAUUACGUGGAGCAAUACCAGUCUAAAACGAAGAACAAUGCGAAUAUCGAAUCGAUAACGGACAUGAAACGAUUCAUCGAGGAGUACCCCGAAUUUAGGAAACUCUCCGGGAAUGUCAGCAAACACGUUACCUUGGUUUCGGAACUCAGUCGGAGGGUAGCUGCUGAGAAUUUGUUGGAGGUCAGCGAGGUCGAGCAGAGCUUGGCCUGUAAUGAUAACCAUGCCACUGAUCUAAGGAAUGUUCAGAAGCUGAUACAGUCCCCAUCAGUCACUGCCGAUAACAAGGUUGGACUCGUAGCUCUGUACGCUCUACGAUACGAGAAGCAUCCAUCAAAUUCCCUAGCCAUGCUAGUGGAUCUAUUGUCUGCUGCAGGCGGUGUUCCUGCGCGACAAGCAGACCUAGUUGCUAAGCUUCUCAUCUACCACCACUCCCUACAGCAAUCCCAAGCAGCGGGCGGCAUCGCGGAUAUCUUCGAGUCCGGCGGCAUCUUUUCCGGGGCGCGGGCUAUUAAGGGGCUCAAAGGCGUCGAAAAUGUCUAUACUCAGCACUCGCCGCACUUGGAAACGACGCUCCAGAACCUAAUCAAGGGCCGGUUACGAGAGCAACAGUAUCCGUUCGUGGACGGCGGCGGCACGACUCGUGACAAGCCGCAGGACAUCGUCGUCUUUAUCAUUGGGGGUGCUACGUACGAAGAGGCUAAGACAAUCGCUACCAUCAACGCCUCGUCUCCCGGUAUCAGGGUCGUGCUUGGCGGUACCAGCAUUCAUAACGCGGCCACGUUUCUCGAAGAGGUCGAUGAUGCUGUGGCUUCGUGGCCGGAACCGCCGCCGGCUACGACGGCGGGUAGGUUGAGGAAGGAGAUUGGAAGGAGGUAGGAAGACGCAUAGAUAGGAUAGGUUGGUCAAUUAAUAGGUGAUUUUGUGGGCAUUGGGAUGUUGCUUUAUGUGAAUCGCUUAUUUAGAUGCCUAGCUCUGUAGGUGAAGUUAAGUGUAUC